AGGGUGCCAGGGGGCGUGGCGAGCCCCUCAGCCGGUCUGAUAGGUCUGUCUGCUUUUAGCUUACUCACAGUAGAAUGGCGGCCGCUGUCUGCGGUCCUCGCGGCUGUCCGAGGACCAAUUCAGCCAAACCACACAAAGAACACCUGCGAAAAAGCCGGGAUUCCCGUCACAGACAAGCAGCACUGUUGUUUCUCACAAAUAUAUCAUUGGACGGAAGACCGGUUUACAACCUAAGCAAUGGAAUCGCUGGCCCCAGGGAAGCCGAGAGCCGGUGUGUGGAUGUCGGCGCGGCGGCGGUGACGGGUCUCCCGCUGUCAACAACCAGCAGCUACGGAACAUUCAUCCAAGUGUCAUCCUCCAUCAGCGGGGGAGCAGCGACCCCUCUACCGAGGACGAACACUUCCCCUGCUCCUUUGAGCCCUCCUCCAGCAUUCAAUCAAGGGAGCUGCGACGUUUUCACGGAGGAUGGACAAACAGAUCCUUUGUCAGUCCAGGCACCCCCGCUUUCACCGACCUCUGGACCGGCGAAUCCGGUUUUAGGAUCCAGUAAAUCACCCGGCCAAUUCCCGGGAUCUAAUCCUGUGCCUGAUCCCCGCCAAAGGACACGUAACCUCUCUGGGUCUCCAGGGCCAAAGGUUUCCAAGAAGGUGCAUUUCAUCAAGAAUAUGAGACAAUAUGACACUCGAGGGAGCAGGGUUGUGCUGAUUUGUGCCAAGAGAUCCCUGUGUGCUGCUUUCUCUGUAUUCCCCUAUGGAGAGAGUUAUCACAUCAGUGACUCUAAACUAGAAGCCCAGAGACAGAGACACUCUUCUGGUGGUGGAGUUGAUAUGGUCCCUGGACUGGAGGGAGUGGAGGUGGACUUUGGAAAGACAGUAUCAUAUGCCGGUUUUCUGCUUCCAACUAAUGCCUUGGUCAGGCAGAAGAGCAGCGGCCCACCUGACAUCAGUACAGCUCAGAUGCCAAUGUCUCGCAACCGUAUUAAUGGGCAGAAGAACUUCACCCCUUCACGAAUCAACAGCACAGUUGGACAGGAUACUGGUGUGUUACCUGGUGUGGACGAGCUAUCAGACUAUGACCCCGACUUACUCAGUGACCCGCAGUGGCCUUGUGGGAAGCACAAGCGAGUCUUAAUUUUCGCAUCUUAUGUGGCAACUGUUAUUGAGUAUGUGAAACCAUCCGACCUGAAGAAAGACAUGAACGAGACAUUCAAGGAGAAGUUUCCUCACAUAAAGCUGACACUCAGCAAAAUCAGAAGUUUGAAAAGGGAGAUGCGCUCAAUGAGCGAGGAGUGUGGCCUACAGCCGGUUACCAUAGCUAUGGCUUAUGUUUACUUUGAGAAACUGGUUCUGCAAGGGAGGCUGAACAAGCACAACCGAAAGCUGGUGUCUGCUGCUUGCGUUUUAUUAGCUGCCAAGAUCAGCAGCGACCUCAAGAAACAAGAGGUCAAACAACUGAUGGAUAGGUUGGAGGAGCGUUUCCGAAUAAAUCGCAAGGAGUUGAUUUCCCUGGAGUUCACAGUUCUUGUUGCUUUGGAGAUGGCACUCUACCUCCCAGACAGCAAGGUCAUGCCUCACUAUCGCAGACUGGUGCAGCAGAGCUGAAUUGGAGUGGGCCCUUAAAGGGAUAGUUCACCAAAAGAUGAAAAUUCUGUCGUCAUUUACUCGCCCUGAUAUUGUUUCAAAACCUGUAUGACUUAAUAUGUUUUGCUGUAUGUUUCUCAGAACAAAGUAAGUUGUAUAGGUUUGGAACAACAUGAGGGUGAGAAAAUGAUGACAGAAUUUUCAUUUUGGGGUGAGCUGUGCCUUUAAGAGAUGCCUGUAUGCGAGAGAGAUGACGCUCUUUUGGCAGUUCUGGAAGGUUAUAUGUAUUAUUUAUUGAUUAAAUAGAUCAGUGGAAUUUUCUCUCAGCUAUGUCCAGUGUUCUCGGCACUCCAUCUUCACUUGUUUACGUCCUUCAUAGAACUGAUUUUAUAAAUCAGACACAUUUAGGGAGAGGCUUACUCUAAGCACUGAUCAUUUUUAUCCAUUAUUUCUUACUUUUUUUAAUACCACAAAUGCUUAUUAACCACCAUUUAUCAAAGCUUUUUCUUAAAGCACCACUUUAUUUAUGCAAUAUUUUAUUUAUGGACCUUCAUUUUAUUAGAAUUCAUAAUUUAUGAAUACUGUAUAUAUUUUUGGGGUAUGUGUGGCAUUCCGAUGCGUCUCCAGCCAGGCACUCUAUGUUAGAGAUGACAUUUAACGGGCACAUUAAUUGUGCUUUUAUAUCUCACCCUCCUUUAUUUAUUUAUUUAUUUAUUUUUAAGUCAUCUAACAUUUACUAACUAGACUGUGGUUUAACAGUGAUAUGAUGUUCUUUGAGACCCACCGUAAUGCAUUUUAGGUAGCGUUGAAUGUAAAAACGUCUUUUGAAUAUGUGAGUGCCAUUUUAAACAGUUAAUCAAAUGUUAAGAGAAACUGAAUCAUUUACCACUUGUUUUUUCUUUUAGAUGCAAGUGUUUUUGAAUGUCUUGACUUAAGUCUUGUUAUGGUUUUCUCAGUUCCAAUGCACAGCUGUGACAAUUACAGUGAUGAAAUGUUUAAUUUUUAGCAUCCUACUGUGUCCGGUUUUUCUUAUGUGCAACACUGAUUGAGCACGUUUCAAACGGUACAGUAGGUUGUACAAAUAACUCCACAUCUGUAUAUUAAGCUGUUGUGUAUUUGGUCACAGGAGAACGCCACCUUCUUGACCGAGUGAGUCUGUUUUGUGUUGUGCAGUGUUGAGUAUGACCUAACCUUUCUGAAUCUUCUUGGUUAGUGUUCAUACAAUAUCGCCGUUUCUUUGAUCUCCGAUAUUAUUCUUUGGAAAUGUUUAUACACCAUAGGAGUGGCAUGUUUACUUUCAGAACCUGGACAGUAUCACAGUGUGCAGCAUUACCAGAAAUAUGAAACAUCUGAU